GAUUACCCUCAACACGGUUGCAAUUUGAUAACGAAUGUUACAUUGUUACAUUUGUUGGAAUUUUGUAAAAACAAAUAAUAAUAUUUCAUUUUGACUUAUCAACUCAUGUUACGUAUUGUAUAAUUCUUUAUUAUCUGUAUUAACAGUAAAUAUAUUCAUACAUGUUUAAACACCAUACAACUUUGAUUAAUUAUUCCAAAUGUCCAACACCGAUGUCAAACGUUCUAUGUCGCAGUCAUAUGAUGCCAAAGCUGACAUCCGUAAAGAUGAAGAACAAAUAGUCGAGUUGAAUAAAAUUGUUGAUCUUUUAGUUGCAGCUGGGUAUUUUCGAGCAAGAAUCAAAGGAUUGUCAGAUUUCGAUAAGGUAGUUGGUGGAAUUACUUGGUGUAUUGAGUCUUGUAACUAUGAUGUGAAUAUCAAUUUCCUGUUUCAUGAGAAUCUCACGAUCGGUCAAAAAAUUGCAUUAACGGAGAAAAUCGUAAUUAUUUUGCCGAAAAUGAAUUGCCCUCAUCGUAUUGAACCACAUCAAAUACAGGGACUUGAUUGUAUUCAUAUAUUUCCUGUCAUUCAGUGGCUUCUUAAAAGAACAAUUGAAGCAAGAAAAGAAAUUGCGGGAUAUGUACGAUCUUUUAUUGAACAUCAAUUCGAUAAAAUUCAUGCUAAUAAUAAUAAACAAGUUGAAGCCGAUGAACCAAAAACCAAUCUUGCGCAACAGUUGCAUUAUUUUAGAAGGAUUUAUGAACCUAGGCCUCAAUUGAAAGACAAUCUUCCAGUCGAGCAAAUUAAAAAAUUAAAAUACACACUUUUUGAGUAUGGUAUGUCAGAAGAAUCAGCGUUGAAUGAUAUCAAUACCAGUAAUCGUAAUCAGGAAAAUACACCUACUGAGGUUGUAACUCCGUCUGUAGAAUUAAGUUUUAAACAACCGUAUGUUCAUGAAAAUCAUUUCAAUGCAAGUACUGUUGGAAAAAUUCUCAGUCUUCACAUUAAUGAAGUUACUGAAAAUUCGAAACUUUACACAUCAUAUAAGACUCAAGAUACUCAUAAUAAAUCACAGAUAUUUGAAACUAUUCAAAAACAAAAAAAUAUUUUGCAACAACAAGUGGCUACUUUGGAAGAAAAUAAGAAAACUAUUAAUAAAAAAUUGAAUAAUGUGACAGAACAUUUACUAUCUAACCAAAGAAAUCAACAAAUUGCUCAUGAUAAUUGUAUUGAAUUAAAAAAAUUGACAUAUUCUAAUCAUAGUACAUUACAAAAAAUAAGAUCUCUCUUUUUGUUACGAAUGAAUUUAAAAGCACAAGAGCACGCAUUUCGUGAACAAUGUCUGAAAAAUGCUCUAUAUUUGAAUGAAAUAAUCGUAAAUGUCGAUACCCGAAUGCCAGAAGAACACAAUAGCCUAACAGAUUAUGAUACGAUAAAAAAAUCAAUAGAUAAAACUAAACUUAUAUUGGCAAAAAAGAAUCGUACAUUAGCAUCACUCGCUAGACAAUUAGAUGAUGUUCCUGGAAGAUCAGAAUUAGCUCAAUAUCAACGAAGGUUUAUGGAACUUUAUAAUCAAGUUUCAGCAACGCAUAAGGAAACCAAACAAUAUUAUACUUUAUACAAUACUUUAUAUGAUACAAAACUUUAUUUGAGUAAAGAAUUUUCUCUAUUAAAUUCUAUACAAGAUAAUUAUAAGGAAGCGAUGACUUCCGUAAGUGGUAAAGAAGAAUUUUUAAAACAGUUUGAAACAAUAUCAUUAGGAGUGAAGCGAAAUAAAAAGAAGUUGGAAGAAAAAUAUGCUGAAGAAAAAAAUAAAACAUAUCUUCUUAAUAAACAACUUGCUAUGAUAACAGAACAACAACGGAAAUAUGUAACUGCUGUUAAACAGCUUACCAUUGAAUGUCGUAGAAAUGAAGCUUUGCUUGCUCGUCUUCGAACGAAUCAACAAUAAAUAUCGCUGUGAGAAUAUUAUCUAAUAUUUAUUCAGAUUUUAAUUAUAUUGUAUUCCAUUAACCAAAUCGUACAUUUUAUUGUUGAAGCAAUAUUUGAAAUUAUUGUAAUUUAGAGUUUUUUGCAUCAAAUC